AUGUCUAUUCCUGUGGAAAAAAAGAAGAAAACUAGUCUGGUGUUUAAUUCAUCUUCUUGCUCAAAGAAAAAUUCAAUACCAGGAAUUCAUCACGUCAGUCGAAGUUCAAGGUCGAGCUUUACAGAUUCACAAAGCCAUAUAACUUCCAUCUGGAGUGGGGACAGCAACCGAAACAGUCUGGAAAGACGCACCAGUCAAUGUCCCAGAAGAGCACUUCAGGUGUUUGACAGCGAAGGCAAAGACGUCACUCCUCUGCCACUACAUGACACAGAGCCAGGAGUUAUGCACUCCAAACCAGCCAGACUGUUUCUGGAUGAAGUGUUUUCCAGCUCAGGAUCAGGCUACUCAAAAUCCACUUCCAUCUUUAAUGUGCCUUCUUCCAGGUACCAGAUGCAACAUGUGACAGAAGAGAUGUUGGAUGAGGUAGUGGACAUCUGCCUCUCUGAGACAGACACCAUUUCACUGCUGGAUAUACCCAGCACCAUUGUGUCAGAAGAUGCUGAUGAUGCGGAAGCUGUUAAAGAGAGAAACAUCCACUAUGCUGAGCUUUGCAAGAAAAGAAAGAUGGAUAAUGAUAAUAAGUAUAUGGUACGAUCAAUGCAGACAUUCGAUGGAGCACUCAAAGACAAACAGACCCAGAGUGACAAGAUUGUCAUGGUGGAUAAAGGCACGAUUGCUACUAUCUGGGACAUUUAUGACUCUUUCAGUGUUCAAAAUGAAACCCCUGAAAGUGAGAAGGCUGACUAUCUAGAGAGCACUGUGAACACCAGCAACGGCCAAGAGACGUCCACAAAGAAGAGCAGCAAUUUCAUUUCCUCAGGCAGUGCCAUGGUUUCACCAUUAAAAAUGGAAAUGUGUAGGGACAGUUUCAAUACUGAGGCCGACCCACAGCUGAUCAUGUUGUCAGAGUCAUUCCAACACAGUUUGUUAGUGAUGGAGAGGAGCAUCGUGGCAAACAUCUUUCAGCCCAAGCUGGCUGCUUAUCGACAGCUGCCCGUACUCGAAGACCCUGAAAGCACAGUGAAGCCUGCGACUGAGGAACAGAGCGAGGAGGGUGACGAGGGCUCUUCAGCUCCAACUCUGGAACGUCUCUGGGCUUUCAGUUGUGAGCUCACCAAAGGACGCAACAUUACCAGCAUGGCCUGGAACAAGAAGAGCCUGGACAUCCUGGCAGUGGGCUAUGGUGACUGCAGCAUCCAGACACCAGGUCUGAUCUGCUGCUGGUCCCUCAAAAACCCUACGUGGCCAGACCGUGUCAUCCACACUCAUAGCUGUAUAACAUCCCUGGAUUUCUCAGCCAACAACCCCGGCCACCUCGCUGUGGGGAUGUGGGAUGGCACUAUAGCCAUCUACAGUAUACAGAGUCAGAAUGGGACAUGCAUCUCCAACAGCAGUGAGUGUUCCAAAAAGCACCAGGGUCCAGUGUGGCAGGUCAUUUGGACCAAACAAGAGAUGAGUUUACCAGGGGAGGAGAGGUUAGAGAGACUCACCUCUGUGUCGGAAGAUGGCAGGAUUGCCAGGUGGUUCCCCUGCGGCAAAGGUCUCGAGUGCAUAGUCCUGAUGGAGUUAAAGAAAGACAGGGGCAAGGAGGUUGAAGGAAUAAGGAUUGGGAAAUGUUUUCUGCCAGCAGUGAAUCCUGCUCUUUGUAUUGUUUCCCAUCCAACAAAUCCCUCUAUCUAUCUCACUGGCACAUGGAAGGGCCUCAUCCACAAGUGCGCCUACUCCAACAAUCACCAUUUUCUGGAAACUUACGAGAAACACUUUUGCCAUGUGAACCACAUUGAAUGGUCUCCAUUUUGUUCUGAUGUGUUCCUGAGCUGCUCCUCCGACUGGACCAUCCAGCUGUGGAAGGAAGACCACUUGACCCCUGUGUUGAGCUUCACAUCCACCCAGAAGGCUGUGUAUGCCGUCAGAUGGUCCCCAAACUGGUCCGCAAUAUUUGCAGCCGUUAAAGGAGGACAGGUGGAGACCUGGGACCUGAAUUCAAGCAUCUUGUGCCCAACCAUUGUGCACCAUGCUAGUCCUGGAGUGAAGUUCACAUCCCUGCUGUUUGCCAGAGGGACAGACUGUGUCUUUUUAGGGGACACUGAUGGGCAAGUGACAGUCUACCAGCUCAAGAAUCUCAAUGUGGGAGAAGGCCAGCAGGUGGACAGUUUGGAAGACAUCAUUCACUCUGCACUUUCCAGGAGGCUUUAG